CUUCACCCCACAGCCAUGUCCUGCUACGAGCGGUGUCCUCCCACCUCCUGUGGCCCAACCCCGCUGGCCAACAGCUGCAACGAGCCCUGUGUCAGGCAGUGCCAGGACUCCACAGUGGUGAUACAACCUUCUCCUGUGGUGGUCACCCUGCCCGGACCCAUCCUCAGCUCCUUCCCCCAGAACACCACUGUGGGAUCUUCAGCAUCUGCAGCUGUCGGGAGUGUGCUCGGUGCUGAGGGAGUCCCCAUCUCCUCCGGCAGCUCCUUGGGAUUUGGGAGCUUUGGUUAUCCAGGUCUGGGAAGCAGCUACAGCCGGCCCUACCGCCGCUACAACACCUACCGCAGUGGCUUCUACGGGCCAUGCUAA